AUGGCUCCACACGCGUCUCAGCCAAUUUGUCAGCACAAAGUUUACUCGUUACCGAGCCUGCAUCUCUGCAGAAAAUGGCCCGGGGACUUUCCUGAGCCAUGCACAUUGCUAUGGCCCAACCACGCUAACCUGUGAUCCAGUUGCACCCACCCAGAGGCUUCGAAAUAUAUAACUAUGAUAAAUCUCUAAUCAUUCCCCGAUGUGGGACUGACUAACUGAACCCUCUGCUAUCAACAAACACCACACAGAAUUUCAAAUUCCCAGUGGAGGAGUGGAGAAAGGAAUAAAAUAUAUUAGGAGAGGCCUUUUGUGUUUAAGUUCAACUUACUUACCAUUAACAAAUUCUGCUUCUCGAACUGAACUGAUCCGUUGUUAAUGCAAUUUAAGUUUAUCUGCAUUCAUAAUUUGAAUUCCUAUUUUUUCACCUCUUAUCCCAAAUCCAAAACCAUCCGAAUCCUAAACCUCUCAAUGCCAACAGCAGCGGCAAGUGAUUCACCUUCAGCCAACAAUCUCGACGACUACUCGGCUUCCUCAACAGUCAUCACCUUCGACCGCCCCAUCCCGUUGCUCCGAGGCCCGUUACCCGCGGGCCCAUCGGACCAACCGUCGUUGGGCCCGAACGUGUUGGCUUUCCGCGACGCGCGUGCCUGGGCCUCCGCGUACAGAUCCUGCGAGCUCAAGAUUGUUCAGCAGUGCGAGGAAGGGGCGAGGAUCGGGUGCGCCAUCAGUUCCUCCAGCCGGUGCAAGCCUCCAUGGUGGAAGGCUCUGCUUGGUUCCAAACCCUCCGAUUUGAAGGAGCGAGAGCUCUGCGAGGAGCGUGAGAUGGCGAAUUGCUUCGCUGAAGCUAAGGAGAAGUGUGUUGAGUUUGCAAAAGACAAGUGCUUGGUUCCUUUCAGGGACGCGCGGAUUAGGGUCAAGGAAAGGGGUUUUGAUUCUAAGCGUGCUGUGAGAUUGAUUCACUGGGCGUCAGUGCCGGAGAGGACGUUGCGGGUGAUCAGUGCACUGGGUUUUGAUGCUGAAUUGGGAGUGACAAAUCGCAGGGCUGGUGAGUUGGUGAGAUAUGAUGAUUGUGUGAAGUGUAUUUUGGGUGAGCAGGAACAAAGUGUUGAAAACUGAAGCUUGGAUUUUGAAAGAGGAAGCACAUCCAGCAUGGUUUUGUCAAAUGCAUGUUUUGUAAUAUUGUUUAAUGCAGGAGAAGUUCAGGUUGUUGCCAUCUCACAAAGCUUGAUCAAGUAUUCAGGUUUUGCACUCUUAUUUUAAAACUGUUUUGGAAUUUUGUUUGAUGGUUAAUACACAAACAUGUUUUAUGGUCAUGGAGUCAUGACCAGAAAAUGCACUGUAGUCCUAUCUAUUGUUAACUGUAUAAGGUUUUGUAGAUGUCACCUGUUCAGUUCGAAGCUAGCCUUUGCAUUCUGGAGUCUACAUCAGUUUAAUCUGAUAACUAAAUCCACUAGGUUUUUCCCUUUUACCAUACUAUUCUUUUUUUAAUGUUCAGCCAUCUGUUUACUGAGUUCAACCACAAUAUGUUUCCCCUUUAUUUUAUUUUAUUUUUCUCGUUGUUUUGCAUGUUUGGGUUCUGAUGUUGAAGGAUUAUGAAGAGUAUGUUCAAUCUAACUAGUUGGAUUAACUCGUCGGGGCAAAACUAUUGGUACCGUCUCUAGUUUGCUUCUGCUUGUAUGUGAUGAUUAUCUAUACCUAUUAUCUAGAGGAUUGAGGGUGUUUGUGUUUAUUAACUUUGUUUGGUCUCUCUCACAAUUUUAUUUUGUAAUAUAAUUCUGAAGUGGUUGUCGAACUUGAUCCCUUCAAGUUACACUCCUUGUGGAUUCUUUAACCAUUGAGCUAUAAUUCUUUUUGUGUUUGUUGUAUGAUAUUAAAAAAUUAAAAGGCGGUCCAAUAAGUGGUGCCUAUUGGACGCUAGUGGUUUUAAUGGAGAUGUUAAAAUAUGUUUCCUCUAAGCUACUUUGGAAUAGCUCAAAUGUUUAGAGACAAGUGGGUUGAAGUCUCAGGUUUAUCAUGUAAGUAUAUCAAUAAAGUGCUCUGGGGCAGAAUGUUGUUUAAAAAUGUGGUGGUGCCUUAGUUCUCUUCUUUUUUUUAUUGGGACAGGGUGGUGCCUUCUGUUUGUUCUGCUUGUUAUGGCCAAAUCUUUGCUGACUUAAAUCAACUAAUGCAGUCCAGAGUGAAAUUUAACUUUCUGUUCUAUGUCAUACCCUCAUACACCAAUUGUGAGUGCCAUACAUUGUAGAUCGAGGUCUGUUUUGUUGACCUAUUCUAUCUUAAAGUACAUAUUUUUGUUUGUUCCUCCUUGCCUUGCUUCAAAUGGGGCUAUAUCAACUGUUACCUUCUAAUCUUUUCUAUUUGUGUUUGAUGUGUCUGUGUUUGCUCAUGGAAACAUCAAAAAAGGAGGAAGUAACUCCCCUUGAACCUUUGCUCUCACACAGAAGUAGCUCCCUAACAUAUUAUUUUAUGAAAAAGUAUAGGGAGCCAAUGGUCUAAGCGUACAAUGUGUACAAUAGAGGUUUAGGAAGUAUUAGAGAUAUGAUCAUUAGUGUUACAUUGUCCUGUCAGGUUACGCUUUUGGGAUGAGUGGGUUCAUGACAUGGUAUUAGAGUUCUAGAUCCGAAAGGUCAAGGGUUCGAUCCUUGGUGAACUCUAAAAUUUUAUCCUGGUAUUCGGAUGGUUAUUCUGGAUAGUGUGGGUGAUGUUCAUUUUAUUCAUGGACCAAAGGUUUAGCCCAUUGUACACAUUGUACAUUUAAGCCAUUGGCUCCCUAGCACUACCCUUAUUUUAUAUUUAGCUAAGAUUUUCCUGUGUUUUGCUUGUUGCUACACUUUUGUUGAUAUUAUGUGAAUUUAUUUAUUGGUGCUAGAAAAAGAGGAGCAUUUGGCAAGCAAUUUCUCCAUAAUUAAUCUUACGGUGAUAGUUAGAGGAUGGAGAAAUGAAAUACUUUAGGGGUUUUAGACUCACUUUUCCCUUUAAAGACAAAGUUCAAUUGAACAUGGUAGUCUAUAAGUUAAAUAUGUGUAUAAUAUCUUAUUUUUAUUUAUUCCUUCAUUACUUGUUUAUUGAAUCUUCCUAAAGAACGAAGAAAAAUAUGCAUUUCUCCCCAAAGUUAUUUACUUUUCUUGCCAACUUCCAAACAUUUGUCCAUUGGUGUGAGAGAGAAAUUAAGUUGAGAUUUAAGUGGGUGGUUAGUAGGAGUCCUAGGUGGGAAACAUAGAGCCAUCGAAAAUUUCUGAAGUUGAUUCUCGUAGAUAAUGGAGACAAUGAGAUGAUUGUAAAAUUUUAAGACAAAAUGGCCAGAAACAAUGUUCAUUUUGCUUAGACUUCAAAUGCCUUUAAAUGAGGAUUGAUUAGAAAAAAAAAAAUAUUUCCUUCGUGCUAGUAGUUAGUAUUUAUAUGCAAAUUUCUAUAAAUUUAAUUGCACUACUUCCUGGCGACUCAGGUUGCUGAAAUUAACGGUUUAUGAUGUGCCCUACAAUUAUUAAAACAAAGACUUGGUCAUUGUGGAAAGGGUUGCCUACUUGCCUUCGCAUCUUUUUCCUUUUUUUUUUUAAUGAACGAAUUGCCUUCACAUCUUUCAGGGCUGUCGACUUGGAAGGUGCUGCGAAGUUUCAGUGAUGGCCCUCCAGGAAUUUAUAAUGCUUUUAGGGCCCAGGUCCAAAUAUCAUAUUUGCCCAAAAUUACCGGAAACUUUCGUUUGGUAGGUAUAUCUCAACAUAUGAAAAGUCAACACUGUUACGACUGAUGAAGUUACUAUGUAGUUUCCAAUGUUAAUGAGAAAGAAAUAGAAGCACGAUUCAUGAGGCGUGAUUAACCACUAACACCUUUUCCAUUGGCGUUAUCAACGUAUAAAACCUGCUCUCUCUCUCUUGUUCGUCACACUUGGAAAGUACGAAGAAAAUGUAAACCUAACUCUCUCUUGUUCGUCACAGUUGGAAAGUACGGAGAAAAUGUAAACCUAACCAUACCAUAUCCUGUGACACUGAAUUAAGUUUAGAGGCAAAUUGGAAGGAGGAAAACCACAAGGUCUACAUUCUAAAUAUAAAUAAUGUGUUGGUAACUUGUCAA